GCUGUGUACAAUCCGGCCAAGAUGGCUGACAGCAUCCAGCUACACCCGGUGCGGAAGAGCUCUAAGAAAAACCUUUACUACAGCGCGGGUAGACAUGGCAGGUACCAGGUGGAAGAUGAAACAUCCCACCUGGAUGAGAUGCCCCUGAUGAUGUCGGAGGAGGCUUUCGAGAAUGAUGAGAGCGACUACCAGACCCUUCCUCGGGCCCGGGUCAACCAGAAGCAGCGUGGCCUGGGCUGGUUCAUCCUGGGAGGCUGGAAGACAGUAUGCUGCAGCUGCUGUGAGUGGCUGGCUCACAUCUGCCGCAGGAAAAAGGACCUGAAGGCGCGCACCGUGUGGCUGGGCUGCCCGGAGAAAUGUGAGGAGAAGUACCCGCGCAACGCCAUCAAGAACCAGAAGUACAACGUCUUCACCUUCGUGCCUGGGGUGCUGUACCAGCAGUUCAAGUUUUUCUUGAACCUCUACUUCCUGGUGGUGGCCUGCUCGCAGUUCGUCCCAGCUCUGAAAAUCGGAUACCUUUAUACCUAUUGGGGCCCCCUGGGCUUCGUGUUGGCGGUGACGAUGGUGCGCGAAGCCGUGGAUGAGGUACGUCGAUACCGGAGGGACAAGGAGAUGAACUCGAUGCUGUACGGCAAGCUGACAGUGCGAGGUAAAGUGCAGGUAAAGAGCUCCGACAUACAAGUGGGCGACCUGAUCAUCGUGGAUAAGAACCAGAGGAUACCCGCUGACAUGAUUUUUCUCAGGACAUCGGAGAAAAGCGGAGCGUGUUUCAUCCGUACGGAUCAGCUGGAUGGAGAGACGGACUGGAAGCUGAAAGUCGCCGUGGCCUGCACACAGAGGCUUCCCGCGCUGGGGGACCUCUUCUCAAUCAGUGCCUAUGUCUAUGCCCAGAAGCCUCAGCUGGAUAUUCAUAGUUUUGAGGGUAAUUUCACAAGGGAGGACUGCGAACCCGCCAUCCACGAGAGCCUGAGCAUCGAAAACACGCUAUGGGCCAGCACCGUCGUGGCCUCGGGCACAGUGAUCGGGGUGGUGAUCUACACAGGCAAAGAGACCCGGAGCGUGCUGAACACCUCCCACGCCAAGAACAAGGUGGGGCUGCUGGAUCUGGAGUUGAACCGGCUCACCAAGGCCCUCUUUUUAGCCCAGGUGGUACUGUCCGUCGUCAUGGUAGCACUGCAGGGCUUUGUGGGCCCUUGGUUCCGUAACCUCUUCCGCUUCACGGUGCUCUUCUCCUACAUAAUCCCAAUCAGCUUGCGGGUCAAUCUAGACAUGGGCAAAGCUGCCUAUGGGUGGAUGAUCAUGAAAGACGAGCACAUUCCUGGCACCGUGGUUCGAACCAGCACUAUCCCUGAGGAGCUCGGCAGGCUGGUCUACUUGCUAACGGACAAAACAGGCACUCUGACGCAGAACGAGAUGAUUUUCAAACGCCUCCACUUGGGGACUGUAUCCUACGGCACGGACACGAUGGACGAGAUCCAGAGCCACAUCAUACAGUCGUACGGCCAGGUCAGCUCCAACGGUAGCAGCACCAGCUCCACACCCUCCCGCAAGCCGCAGCCAGCCCCGCCGAAGGUGCGCAAGAGCGUCAGCAGCCGCAUCCACGAGGCCGUCAAGGCCAUCGCCCUGUGCCACAACGUCACGCCCGUGUACGAGUCACACUCCGGGGAGACCGAGUCCGUGGAAGCCGACCAGGACUUCAGCGACGAGAACCGCACCUACCAGGCCUCCAGCCCCGACGAGGUGGCCCUGGUGCACUGGACGGAGAGCGUGGGCCUGACGCUGGUGAGCAGGGACUUGACCUCCAUGCAGCUGAAGACUCCUGGCGGACACAUCCUGACCUUUCACAUCCUGCAGAUAUUCCCCUUCACGUCGGAGAGCAAGAGAAUGGGCAUCAUUGUUCGAGAGGAGGCCACGGGUGACAUCACUUUCUACAUGAAGGGGGCUGACGUCGCCAUGGCAAGCAUCGUGCAGUACAACGAUUGGCUGGAGGAGGAGUGUGGGAACAUGGCCAGAGAAGGACUCCGCACUCUGGUGGUGGCCAAGAAGUCCCUGUCAGACGAGCAGUACCAGGAUUUUGAGAACCGGUACAACCAGGCCAAGCUGAGCAUCCACGACCGGGGUUUGAAGGUGGCGGCCGUGGUGGAAAGCCUAGAGAGGGAAAUGGAGCUGCUGUGCCUGACCGGCGUGGAGGACCAGCUGCAGGCCGACGUCCGGCCCACCCUGGAGAUGCUGAGGAACGCAGGCAUUAAGAUAUGGAUGCUAACUGGGGACAAACUGGAAACGGCGACCUGCAUCGCAAAAAGCUCGCACCUGGUCUCCCGCAGCCAGAACAUCCACGUCUUUAAGCCUGUCACCAGCCGAGGGGAGGCCCACCUGGAGUUGAACGCCUUCAGGAGGAAGCACGACUGCGCCCUGGUCAUCUCCGGAGACUCCCUGGAGGUGUGUCUGCGUUACUACGAGCAUGAGUUUGUGGAGCUGGCGUGCCAGUGCCCCGCUGUGGUGUGCUGCCGCUGCUCGCCCACGCAGAAGGCGCAGAUUGUCACACUGCUGCAGCAGAACACGGAGAAUCGCACUUGUGCCAUCGGUGAUGGAGGCAAUGAUGUCAGCAUGAUCCAGGCAGCUGACUGUGGCAUUGGCAUCGAGGGCAAGGAGGGCAAGCAGGCCUCCCUGGCUGCCGACUUCUCCAUCACGCAGUUCAAGCACAUCGGCCGACUCCUCAUGGUCCACGGCCGGAACAGCUACAAGCGUUCGGCCGCCCUGGGCCAGUUCGUCAUGCACAGGGGCCUUAUCAUCUCCACAAUGCAGGCUGUGUUUUCCUCCAUUUUCUACUUCGCGUCGGUGCCCCUAUACCAGGGUUUCCUCAUGGUGGGGUAUGCCACCAUCUACACCAUGUUCCCUGUCUUCUCCCUGGUCCUGGACCAGGACGUGAAGCCGGACAUGGCGCUGCUUUACCCCGAGCUCUACAAGGACCUCACCAAGGGGCGCUCCUUGUCCUUUAAGACGUUCCUUAUUUGGGUCUUAAUAAGUGUCUACCAAGGGGGCAUCCUGAUGUAUGGGGCACUGCUGCUCUUCGAGUCGGAGUUUGUGCAUGUGGUGGCCAUCUCCUUCACGGCACUCAUCCUCACCGAGCUGCUCAUGGUGGCCCUCACCAUCCGGACCUGGCACUGGCUCAUGGUAGUGGCCGAGGCCGUCAGUCUCGGCUGCUAUUUGGCCUCCCUCGCUUUCCUGAAUGAGUAUUUCGGCAUAGGCAGACUGUCCCUCGGAGCUUUCCUAGAUCUUGCCUUUAUCACCACUGCAGCCUUCCUCUGGAAAGUCUUAGUGAUAACAGUCAUCAGCUGUCUUCCUCUCUACAUCAUCAAAUACUUGAAGCGCAAAUUCUCCCCGCCGAGCUACUCCAAGCUUACCUCAUGAGUGAUUUUUAUUUUUUUUUUUGGUGGGGGGGGGGUCUCCUGUUUUUUGGUCCUUUUUUUUUGUUCUUCCCCCAUCCUGUGGUCCCUGGCAGCCCGAUUACUGCAGACCUCACCCCCACCCCCCCUUACAGACAGAGCCCUAGGGGGCGCUUGAGACAAAGAGAAUGUGACGCCGGAAUUACUUGAAACAGAUCAGCACAAGGCGAGACGGACAUGAGACUGAGUGGGACGAUUCCGAUCACAGGACCGCAGGAGGCCCCCAUGGCGUCUGCUUUCAGCUCUGCUUCCGAGCAAUCCUCUAUUGUCCCUCAGCUGCUUCCUUUCUACGCCUACAGAACUGGAUUUUAAACGUUUUUUAGUGUGUGAAUACCUGCAAGACGAAGACCUGUCGGUUUACUUUGGAAUUAUUAUUAUUAUUGUUAUUAGUAUUAUUACUCUGACGUUUUUGUGAUUGUUUUGCACUGUCAGCAAGGGUCAGUUGGUGCACAAUGGAACCCUUGUAAUCAAAUGAUGUUUCAUUAGGUGGUGGGGGU